UCUGUGUUUUCAGCUGGCGCUCACGUUGACUUAGAUACUUAUUAUUUACUGACAGAAAACUUUACAAACUGAGCGCGAUGUGUGUGUUUGGAUGAGAGAGGAGUCCUCAGACAGGAUGUGGAGGAACCAGAUACGUGGGACGACAAUCUCUCAGUGACGAUAUAACCCCGUCCCGAUGAGUUCGCUGUUAAUCCGCCUUUCUCGAGGUUUGAGAGAAACCAACAGAUUUCUCCACACACGCCAGAGAAGGCCCGACGGCUCGAUGCGGGGUGGACACAUGAAAACCCCUCAGAAGAGGGGGCAUGUCAGCGCCGCAGGGGGUCUGCCCGCUGAAGCCCCCGUCAAGAGAGUCUCCAUCGAGGGCAACAUCGCUGUGGGGAAGUCUACCUUUGCCAGGCUGCUGCAGUCGACGUGUUCCGACUGGGAAGUGAUGGCAGAGCCUGUCAGCAAGUGGCAGAGCAUCCAGAGUGUGGCAGCAAAGAGACCAGACGAACCCCCUCAGACGACUGUCAGCAACCUGCUGCAGAUGAUGUACCAGGACCCUCAGCGCUGGUCCUACACCUUCCAGACGUACUCCUGCAUGAGCCGGCUCAGGACGCAGCUGCAGCCGCCCCCGGCUCGCCUGCUCCGCUCUCAGGGGACACCGGUGCAGGUGUACGAGCGCUCCGUCUACAGCGACAGGUACAUCUUUGCUCUCAAUAUGUUCGAGCUGGGCUGCAUCAACAGCACGGAGUGGGCCGUCUAUCAGGACUGGCACUCCUUCCUGGUGGAGCAGUUUGGUCAGCAGGUGGAGCUGGAGGGAAUCAUUUACCUCCGAGCGCCACCACAGACAUGUCUGGAGCGCCUGGAGCGUCGGGGGCGGGCCGAAGAGGAGGGGGUCAAACUGGACUAUUUGGAAAAGCUUCACCUUCAGCAUGAGAGGUGGCUGGUGCAGAAAGACACAGAGAUCCACUUCGAGAAGCUGAAGCAGAUUCCUGUCCUACAGCUCGACGCCAGCAUGGAGUUCCAGAGGAGCCCAGAGGUGCAGGAGCAGUUUAUCGCCAAAGUGAAAAACUUCUUCUCUGAAUUAUGAGAGGAUGUUUGGCAGAAGCCGUUAACAUGUGGGAACAGCUGGACCUCAUUCAGUGAAAUUACUUUUAACUGAAGCCCUGAACGGACAGAUGCAGUGAUGUGGAAGAGAAACCUCAGCCUCUACCGGACAACCAAGUUACACAAAAUGCACAUUUGUUUUGUUUUUUGUUUUGUUUUUUAAAUGUGGAUAUGUUCUCAUUUUGUUUGUUUACUGUUGUUGUUUUUUUUGUGUACCAGUUAAACUGACAUUCAAAUAUAACUAAAACACAAAUAGUUACAUUUUUUCUGUAAAAUAUAAACUUAUUCUGUACUUGAAUAUGUAUGUACUGUUUUAUGUCCAAAUAAUGUUACAAAUGUUGAUAAAAAUGUUUGUUUUACAACUUUUUGACGUCAUUACAUGAUUCCGCUCUGUUUGACUAAAACAUUUUACAGAUUCUACAACUUAGA